GCGGUGGGCCUUCAAGAGAGGCUCUGAGCCCAAGCCCUAUGUCCAGCCCUUUGACUCUGGAGCUGCAGACUCAACCUCCAAGAGCAGCGGUGGACCCUGGAGGCCUGAGGACCCAAACUUCCCCGCCAUGGAGGAUGAGCAGGAGGAUGGAAUUCCAGGGCUGCUCGGCAAUGGCGAGAGCUCGGAGGACUUCAGCCUGGACUUGGGGGACCUUCAGGGCAGUGAGUAUGUCCAGGACCUGGGCCUUGAGGUCCCUUCACAAAGCCAGCCUAGGCGGGCCAGGGGCAGUGGGCCCCCUAGCGAAGAAGCCGGAGAAGACUCGCCCUUCUCCAGCCUGGCAGGGUCCCAGGGCCUGCCUCGAAGACGCAGCUGGGAGAGGUCGCGGAGCUGCUCUGAGACCUGGCAUAGGCUCAGCCUCGAAGCCUCAGCUGCAAAUGAGGGGUCCUGUCUCCCUCGGACACUGGCCAGCCUUGCUCUGAACUUGCCAGGAGGGGGCCUGCAGGCCUGGACCAAAGGGUGUCUGUCUGGGGGCGGAACCCCCCCAGAGGCACCAAACAAGGAAUGUGACAGCCCCGAAAAAAGAGUGAGGUCACGGUCGGUUCCCGUGUCCUUCGAUGAGAUCAGCUCCCUGGAAAUCUUUCCGGCUUUGGAAGUACCCACUCCAGCGGUUCAAGGCCUGGAUCCACCGGUGCUGGAGUGCAUGGAAAAGGACCACGUGGAGCCAGAUCAUGUGCUAAUUGUCCAGCAGGUGCUUCAAGAACUCCGACAGUACCAUGGGGCCCGGGAGAGGGCUCGCUUGUCCAUCAGCCCCGGAGGAGCCCACUCAAACCUCACCUGGUUUGAGUUCCUGUCCGAGAGCGAGGACAGAGCGGGGAAGAUGGAGAGAAGUGACAGGAGUGCCAGGGUGAAGCGCAGACUGAGUUCCCUCCGAUGUCGAGUCACCAGGCAGAAGGAGAAGGGGAAGAGCCCAGUGCUUCUGAAAGACAAAGGACAGGAUGCUCGAGAGCGGAAAGAAUGUGUCAACGGGCACCAGCUGGCUCAAGGAACCUUCUCUGGCCACUCCAGCUGCCCGCUGUGUGGCAAACCUUUUCUGAACUCUGCAUCCCUGAAGGAGCACCCGAGGGCCACCCUCCUGUCCGAUGGCAGCCCGGGCCUGGCCAGGAAUGUCGGCAUGACGGUCUCGCAGAAGGGGGGUCCACAGCCAGCACCCAGCCCGGCAGGAACGGGGACGAGACUUGGACCAGUCACAGGAGAGAUGGAUGAAACCGACACAGUGUCUCUGAAGUUCAAGCAGGCAGCCGAUGACUCUCUUUCACUUACAUCUUUGAACGCUGACUCCAUCUUUAUAGAAGACCCCUACACUGCCUCGCUGAGGCGUGAGAUCGAAGCAGAUGCCCACGAGUUCGAGGCUGAGUCCUGGAGCCUCUCCGUGGACCCCGCAUAUGUGAAGAAACAGAAGAGGGAGGUGGUGAAAAGGCAGGAUGUGCUCUAUGAGCUGAUGCAGACGGAGGCCCACCACGUGCGGACGCUCAAGAUCAUGCUGAAGGUCUACUCCAGGGCCCUGCGGGAGGAGCUGCAGUUCAGCCCCAAGACCGUCAGCCUCCUCUUCCCGGGCGCAGACGACCUGCUGGAGGUGCACGGCCACUUCCUGUCUCGGCUGAAGGAGCGCCGUCAGGAGUCCCUGGAGGAGGGCAGUGACCGCAACUACAUCGUCCAGAAGAUCGGGGACCUCCUGGUACAGCAGUUUUCAGGUGAAAACGGGGAGAGAAUGAAAGAAAAAUACGGCGUCUUCUGUAGCGGCCACAACGAGGCCGUCAGUCACUACAAGUUGCUGCUGCAGCAAAACAAGAAAUUUCAAAACUUGAUCAAGAGAAUCGGCAACUUCUCCAUCGUGAGGCGGCUCGGCGUGCAGGAAUGUAUCCUUCUGGUCACCCAGCGCAUAACCAAGUACCCCGUGCUGGUGGAGCGUAUCAUUCAGAACACGGAAGCUGACUCCGAGGACCACAAAGACCUGACCCAGGCCCUGAACCUCAUCAAAGGCAUCAUCUCGCAAGUGGACGCCAGGGUCAGCGAGUGUGAGAAAGGCCAGCGCCUCAGGGAGAUCGCGGGGAAGAUGGACCUCAAGUCCUCCAGCAAGCUCAAGAACGGGCUGACCUUCCGCAAGGAGGACAUGCUGCAGCGGCAGCUCCACCUGGAGGGCACGCUGUGCUGGAAGACCACGUCCGGGCGCCUAAAAGAUGUCCUUGCUGUCCUGUUGACGGACGUGCUUCUCCUGCUACAAGAAAAGGAUCAAAAAUACGUCUUUGCUUCCGUGGACUCCAAGCGCCCCAUCAUCUCGCUGCAAAAGCUCAUCGUGAGGGAGGUGGCCAACGAGGAGAAAGCCAUGUUUCUGAUCAGCGCCUCCCUGCACGGGCCCGAGAUGUACGAGAUCUACACCAGCUCCAAGGAGGACAGGAACACCUGGAUGGCUCACAUCCGAAGGGCCGUGGAGAGCUGCCCGGACGAGGAGGAGGGCCCCUACAGCGAGGCCGAGGAGGAGAGGAAGAUGGUCGAGGCCCGCGCCGUGAGGCUGAGGGACUUCCAAGAGCGACUUAACAUUAAAGACCAGCAGAUCGCCCAGAGCCUCAGUGAGAAGCAGCACAUCUACCUGGAGAUGGCUGAGAUGAGCGGCCUCGAGGACCUCGCCCCGGCUCGGCUCCUCUUCCGGGGAGGGGACCCCCCCGAGAACCUGCAGGGGGAGCUGAUUCUCAAGUCGGCCAUGAGUGAGAUCGAGGACAUCCAGAGCCUGAUCUGCAGGCGGCUGGGCAGCACCAACGGCCAGGUGGAUGACGGGGGUGGCUCUUCGUCCCCAGCUCGGAGGGUGGAGGCCUCCGGGGGCUACGACAGCGCCGGCAGCCCCAGCAAGAAUGGCAGUUUUCAGAAGAACGUCUGCACCAGCAACCCCAGCCUCCGAGACUGGCAGGGCGCCGCGGGCAGCCCGGACUCGAGGCUCGGCGACACCCCGGGGGCCUCCGAGGAAGCACCGCAGGCGGCGGAGGCACCAGGUGCUGAGCCCAGCCCCCGGCUGCCCGCCCUCCUGGAGUCGGAGCUCGUCCGGCGGAUCCAGACACUGUCCCAGCUGCUCCUCAGCCUCCAGGCGGUCAUCGCCCAGCAGGACAGCUACGUGGAGACGCAGAGGGCGGCCCUCCAGGAGCGGGAGAAGCAGUUCCGGCUGCAGUCGACGCGCGGGAACCUGCUGCUGGAGCAGGAGCGGCAGCGCAACUUCGAGAAGCAGCGGGAGGAGCUGGCGGGCGUGCAGAAGCUGCAGGGCCAGCUGCGGCUGGAGCAGCAGCGCUGGGAGCGCGAGCGGGAGCGCGAGCGCCAGGAGCUGGGCCUGGCCUCGGCGCGGCUGCAGCAGCGUGAGAGCGAGGCGCUGCGGCUGCAGGAGCAGCUGAGCCAGGAGCGCGAGGAGCUGGAGCGCCAGCGCCAGGCCUACCAGCACGACCUGGAGCGGCUGCGCGAAGCCCAGCGCGCCGUGGAGCGGGAGCGCGAGCGGCUGGAACUGCUGCGCAGAGUGAAGAAGCAGAACACGGUGCCCGGGGCGGCCGGGGCGCUACCGCCCGAGGUGCUUGCGGAGGCCCAGCCCCCCAGCCACACUUCCAGCUUCAACGGGGAAGGGCUGGAAGGGUCCGCGGCCCUGACUAAAGCACCACGGCCCCGGGUGAGCUCGCUGCUGUCUGGUGCCGGGCCUGAGUACGCAGAGCGCCCCGAGGUGACCCGCAGGGAGAGCACCCCAGCUGAGGGUCGGCCGGCCAAGAGCGACGUGCCCAUCCAGCUGCUCAGCGCCACUAACCAGAUCCAGAGGCAGGCGGCCGUGCAGCAGCAGAUCCCCACCAAGCUGGCCGCCUCCACCAAGGGCGGCAAGGACAAGGGCGGCAAGAGCCGGGGCUCCCACCGUUCGGAGAGCUCAGCCUCAUUUGACCUGAAGCAGCCACUGCUUCUCAACAAGUUCAUGGGCAAAGAGGAGAACGCCUCUCGGAGCCGCCGCUCGCUGAGUCCCGUCCUGCGCAGCUCCACGCCGCCCCCAGACUCCUGCCUCCCAGCCCCAUGCCCGGUCCCGGCUGAUGUCCCCAACGAGUACUUCACCCUCAAGGCCUGGGGGGCAUCCUUCCCACCCGUGGCCCUGUUCUCCACACCACUCGACAAGGAAGAGGCCAGCAAGGAAGAUGUCAUCUUCUUCUAGGGGGCGUGGCUCGGGGUGCAGACCCCUUCCUGUGCUCUCUGGGGACGCGCCCCGCGGCCCUCUCCCCUUCCCAAGUAGGCCUCUGCCAACCACCACCAGGCCGGGGCAGCGUUGGCCUGCCAUUUUGAGGCUCUGUAGGAUUAGCAGUGGUGCCUGGGCAACUUUGUAAACUUAUUUUUUCUAAUACAAAAAGGAGAGUUUUUAACGGAAGGUUGAACCAAAGCUAACCCAUGGAGCUGUCAUCGUAGCGCCCCAGUUGGGUAGAGGAGAGACCAACUCCAGGCUGUGUUUGCAAGGUAGUGACCAACUGUGGUGGUUCCACCUAGAGCAUGACAACAGGCCAGACCCUGGCCUGAGGAGAUGCUGGCCCAGGCUGGGCUCCGUGGCCACCAGGAGACCCUGGAACGAGUCAUUAUGGCACCAGAAGGGGCCCAGUGGUGUUGGCUCUGUCCACAGAAUCAGGCAGAAUUGACUUCCAGGAAUGGGUUCAUGGUGAACCUCCAGGCCAAGACAUGAGCCCAGCCAGGGGUGGCACACAGCUCUCCCGGGACAGGGCCACAGGGCUGGGCAGCCAGAGAGGUUGGCUGAUGGCUUGCCUGGCGGGUCCUACAGGUGCAGAAACUCGUCCUGAAAGGGGCUGACCUGGAAGGGACUGACCGUGGCUCACUUUAAUGUGGUGGAGGUUUUUAAAACCUGCUCUUGUCAAACUCGGUGCUUUCCCAAGUCGCCUCACCGAGGCAGCGUGGUUCUGCGGGCCUCUCGAACACCAGGCGCCCAGGAAGCCAAGUCCAGAGCUUCAGCCAGGGCUGGUACACCCCUGAGGGUCCCAGCCCCGGGUGGAGGGUCCUCCAUCCCCUUGAGAUGGGCCAGUUGUUCCGGGGCUGCCGGGGGGUAGCCCCUAGGGCUGGUGUCCCGAGCCGACGGGCAGAUGCUGGGACAAAGGGCAGUGGGGUGGAACGCUGGAGGGACCCAUGUGGCCUGGGUGGUGACUGUUGCCAGCAAGCGCAGACGGCCGCCUCGCGGGCACCUCAAGUCCAGUGAGCUGUCGCAGCUUAUUGUCAACAGACACCCAGGAGGAGGGAGAAGGCCGCCGGUCCAGCCUCGAGGUGAGGCUGUAGGUGUCGGGGAUGGCAUCGCAUGUCCAUGAACAGUCCCAGGGUGGUACCUGGGUCAGACCCGCAUUCCAGCUCUGGCCAAGUGCAGGCUUGGGUGCCAGGCGGGAGGGCGGGGCAUUCCAGCCUUUUCCUGCACCCCAGGCUCCCCAGUGGAACCCACAGCCCGAAGCAUUGGCGGGAAGACUGAGUCCUGGCAGAACAGGAGCCCGGGCACCCGGGGCGAGGUGACACAGCCAGCAGUGACAGGGAACUGACAGUGGUUCCGGACCUCUCCAGAGCUGUUUCCUGCCCCUCUGGGGACCUCCCCCACCUCGCCCUUGCCCGAGGGCCUGCGGCACCAGGAGCAGCAAGGAGCAGCAGCCUCCCCGCCCCAGGACACGUGCCACGUCUGUAAUCAGUGUUUGUGUUUUGUACUGAGACGCAUCAGAGCACUUUAGAAAAGUUGACUUUUAAGUUCCUGUCCUGUUGUGAAGAGGACAUUGCUGGGCCGCGAGCGCCACCCACAGAUCCGCUGUGACGCUGUGACCCUCCCAGAGGAUUCCUCGGGCGAUCAGCAGCUCGAGCCCGCGUGGAUCUCAGCAGAGGAGAUUUCCGGGUGGUACCAGCAGCUGGGCAGCACCGUGGGCACAUCUCACCAGGACCCCGAGGUCACUCCCGGGUAGAGUCCAGUCUUAUUUGUAAAGUUAGGGGUCGAGCAGAUGUUCCUAUUUCUGUGGGAUCUGUGCACGUUAAUCGUGACCAUGACCUUAGUUCACCCGACAGUUAUUUUUACAAUGAUGGCAGCAUUUCCUCACUGUGAUAUAUGUCGGAACCGCCCUAGAACUUAAGACCUGAUUCUAGCAAUAAACGUGUCUGAGAUGA